AUGGAACAGCUUGCUGAACGAAGGAUGGCUAGAGAAGAGGAUGCCAAGGAUCACUAUGCAGGGUCUUACGGCCACUCUACUAAUGGUGGUUCCUUGUCUACUUCCCACAAUCAUUCUCAACCUGACGACGAAGAGUACGACGAAGAGGAAGAGGAUGAUGAGGAGUACGACUCUCAGGAAGAGGAGUACGACGAGGAAGAGGACACCAUGACUGAAGAGCAGCGGAUGGAAGAGGGUCGUCGAAUGUUCCAAAUUUUUGCCGCCCGUAUGUUUGAGCAAAGGGUGCUGACUGCGUAUAAAGAGAAAGUCGCUAAGGAACGACAAGAGAAGCUUCUGGAGGAACUC